AUGUUAUUGCUAGCCAUUGGAGACUUUCACAUUCCUGAUCGUGCCUCAAGUAUUCCGGCAAAGUUUACGAAACUGCUGGCACCGGGUGACAAGAUUCAGCAGGUUCUUUGUUUGGGAAAUGUUUGCGAGUCACCAAGCACAUUAGAAUUCCUGAAGGGCAUAUCACCAGACUUUCAGAUGGUCAAAGGAGAAUUUGAUAGAGAUCUAAGUUUACCCACCAGUUUAGUAUUCAAUUAUGACAAACUGAAGAUAGGGCUCAUCAACGGUUUCAACGUGAUUCCCAACGCGGAUCCUCUAAGUUUACUGACUCAAGCAAGAUUGAUGAAUGUUGACGUAUUAGUGAGUGGAGGGACGCAUAAGAUUGAGGCUUAUACCUUAGAUGGCAAAUUCUUCAUCAAUCCAGGCAGCGCAACCGGUGCAUUUACAACAAAGGCUCCCUCAAAAGCGGACUUGGAAGCUUUAAAUGUCGAUAAGAAUUUGGCUGAAGACAAAGAAGAGGAUAAUGACGGCAAGGAAGAUAAAGAUAACAAGGAGAGAGAACAUCAAAAACAGGCAAAUGAAAAGACGUCAGAGAAACCUUCACCUCAAACUUUCAAGGGUGAAACAUCCAACCAGGUAACUCCGGACGAAGAUGAUCUUGAUAAUAUAAAUACAGACUCCCUGGAGCAGCUGGACCCAAUUCCAAGUUUCUGUCUGCUUGAUAUUCAAGGAAAUGUUUGUACAUUGUAUUUGUACACAUGCAUUGAUGGAGACGUCAAGGUAGACAAGGUGAGCUAUCGUAAAGAAGACUAG